AUGAUUUUGACCGCCCCAACGAAUGUUGCAUCGAAAAAAUCACAAUACAUAGCACUCCUCGUACCCGUCUUUUUACCGGCAAUCCACAUACUGAUUUUGGAAAAAUUCUGGAGCGAUUUCAAUGUGAACGUCAACAAGGAGCACUGUACGUGUUCCUGUUGGGACACGGUGUUCAAAGGUCCUUAUGAAGCGGGUGUUGCUAGAUAUAAGCAUAUGUACUUCAACGCUACAGACAACACAUUUAAAAUUUGGGUGAUUACAGCAGUUUGCACGAUUGUGUUGUACGAAUGUGUGAAAAACAUUGUCAGACUAUGCUUUGACAAGCAGAUACGCUACAACAUGAUGUUGUUGUUUAUUCUGUCAAUGUUCUCUCACUAUUACUCGUGGUGGUCAUUUGUCAACUAUUGGAACGACGAUUUCUAUUCACAAUGGAAUCAUCAGAUAUUCUUCACUGUUACUGAACUGUAUUCUACAAGCAUUCUGUACACAAUAUGUGAUCGCAGGAAAGAAAUAAAGAAAGUCCAUUUGUUUUCUAUCAUAGCUGUGGGAUUAACACAUAUGUUAGCUGCUGGCUUUGAUCAGUUUGUUAUUAAUGUAAUUGGAGGAAGUGGAUUCGCACAUCAAGUGAUAAGAGAUCUCUUUUUGAUGAUACCAGAUAUAUUGAAUAUUAUUAUACCAUUAUUGGAAAUUAAAAAUCGAAGAUUAACCACAAAAAAUCGCUAUGCAGAUGAUCCAAGCAGUUUUAAAGAAAUAUUGUUACUAGUCAUAAUAGUGACCUCUGGGUUGAUAAUUGUUUCGUUACUUUAA